GAAGUGGGACUGUGAUCUGUGUAGGAAGCCAUGACAAACCGAAAACGUCAACAACAUAUGAAACAUACACCUGUGAUCUGUCAUAGGUGAAUAAAGAUUUUUUUCGUUGGAAAGAGCGAAUACAUUUGCAGUGACGAGUUGUCUAAAUAGAUGUGCAUCUUGUUUCGUUUUUGACUUUCGGUGCAUUUGGGAGCUCACAAACUGAGAACAGAAACAAAAUAUUAGGAUUAUAAGGAGAUAACAAGUUUUUCAUCAUGAUUAGAAAAGUUGCUAAGGUCGUUUUGAGUGUGGAACAGGCUGAAGGCGUCGGGGCUCGAGUUCGACGGAGUAUUGGACGGAAAGAUCUGAAGAAUCUAGACCCUUUCUUGAUGCUGGAUGAAUUCUGUAUCGCCAAACCAGCAGGUUUUCCUGAUCAUCCUCACCGUGGAUUUGAGACGGUAUCGUACUUGUUGAGUGGAGUAACAGCCCAUGAAGACUCCUGUGGUCACAGCGGAAGGUUAGAAUCUGGGGAUCUUCAGUGGAUGACAGCAGGUCGUGGGGUAAUUCAUGCUGAGAUGCCUGUGUCGGAUGGACGCAUUCAUGGCCUUCAGCUUUGGGUGAACUUGAAAAGUGCAGAUAAAAUGGUGGAGCCUCAGUACCAGGAGCUGAAGAGCAAACAGAUUCCCAAACCCAGCAAAGAUGGAGUUACUGUGAAUGUAAUCUCAGGGGAAGCUCUUGGAGUAAAGUCAAAGAUUUACACAAGAACUCCAACCAUGUACCUCGACUUUGUGCUGAAGGAAGGUGCAAAACAUUUGCAGCCUGUUCCUAAAGGUUGGACAGCUUUCAUCUACACCCUCGCAGGUUCUUUAUGCACUGGCCCGGAUGAUGAUCUGCAGACAAUUGAGCCUCACCAGACAGUGGUUUUGACAGAUGGUGAAUGCAUCAGAGUAGAAAACAAGGUCGCUGAAGAGUCACACUUUGUGUUAAUUGCUGGUGAACCCAUUAAUGAACCUGUGGUUCAGCAUGGGCCUUUUGUCAUGAACACACAAGAAGAGAUUAAUCAAGCCAUCUCGGACUACAGAUCUGCCACUAAUGGAUUUGAGAGGGCAAAAGAUUGGCGAUCAAAGAUCGGUCAAAAGUUCUAAAUUUUUCUUGAAGAUCCCUUUCUUUGGUGGAUAGAAUAUAUGUGCUUUGUUUAUUUUCUUUUGUGCCUUUAACUUAUUCUGCAGCCCGAGAGGUAUUUUGAUAUUUAAAUCACACUUAAAAUUUUAUGAAAUAUUUAAUAUGUGUAAAUAAAACAUGGUUUUAUUUAUUUGAAAACAAGAUAGUAGGCUAUAGUAUAACAUCCAGCUUAAAGAAGUUUUAAAUAAAGUGUGGACACUUUAUUGUUGGAGGAGACCUGGUUCUCAUGAGAUGUCACUUGUCGCUGGAGCUUGUGUUACACUUAUACGUCUUACAUCAGAAAGCAGAAGCUAGAGAUUACGGUUUAUAUAACGGUUUAUAAAUUUUAAACAUGGAUUUUUUUCUGACACAAACGCAUUGAUUUGCUACAAUAGGUUUUAUUCACCCCCGGAGCCAUGUGGAGCACUUUUUAUGAUGGAUGGAUGCACUUUAUUACACUUAAAAUUCUCGACAACCACUUACUGUGUUAUAAAGCUUGGAAGAGCCAAGACAUUUUUAAAUAGAUUUUAUUCAUCUGAAAGAAAGAAAAAAGUCAUAAUAUAUAUAUGCUAGUACAACUGUGUGAACUUGAGGGCAAGUGACUUGUUACAUCCACUAAAAAUCACCUUGGGACCAGUUGUUAAAAGUAAUUAUAAAAACAGCUCAGAAAAGUGAAGUAAAAAAAAAAACAAAAAAAAA